AUGGGGGAUGAAAACCAAACUGGAAUGACUGAAUUCUACUUCCAUCCCUUCUCGAGUCUCCCCAAGGUGCAGCUGCUGAUUUUCCUGAUCUUUCUGCUCAUGUACGUGAUCAGUGUCUGUGGGAAUGGCACCAUUGUGCUCACUGUCUGUACCAAUCGCUCCCUCUAUACCCCCAUGUACUUCUUCUUGGCCAACCUGGCAGCUAUGGAGAUCUGCUACUCCACCAUCAUUGCCCCACUGACCCUGGCCAAUCUCAUGUCUUUGAGGAAGGCCACCAUCUCUCUGGCUGGCUGUGGCACCCAAAUGUUCUUCUAUAUCUUCCUGGGAGGUGCUGGAUGUGUUCUGCUGGCUUUUAUGGCGUAUGACCGAUAUGUGGCUAUCUGCCACCCACUGCGCUACACCCUCAUUAUGAACUGGACUGCCUGUGUGAGCAUUGUAGCUGCAUCCCUGGUACUGGGCUUCUUGGUAUCCCUUAAUAUGACCAUCCUGAUCUUCCACCUGCCAUUCUGUGGCUCCAAUGAAAUCUACCAUUUCUUCUGUGACAUUCCUGCUGUUCUGCGUCUGGCAUGCAGCAACACCCAUGUCCACCAGGUUGUCCUCUAUAUUUGUAGUGUCAUAAACGUGGCCAUCCCUUUCCUGUUGAUUUGCAUCUCCUAUGCCUUCAUUGUGGUCGCCAUCCUGCGGAUCAGCUCUGGAGCUGGCCGGCAGCGUGCCUUCUCCACUUGCUCUUCCCACUUGAUGGUUGUUGCCCUGAUGUAUGGCUGCAGCAGCUUCAUAUACUUACGCCCCAGUUCCAGCUACUCCCCGGAGCAAGGCCGGGUAGUGUCUGUGGUGUACACCUUUGUCACUCCUGUAUUGAACCCCUUGAUCUACAGCAUGAGGAACAAGGAGCUAAAGGAUUCCCUGAGCAGAGCACUGGGAAGGAAAGUGCUGUCUCAGAGUAAAUGA